UGCCUGCGCUUCACCGCACCCAAUCACAUCCCACCUUCCAACAAUGCCCGCCGGGCCCACACCAUGAGAGCCCCUCCCCCUCUUUCCCUCAAGCUUAUAUUCCCUCCCAACAUAACAACCCGAAUCAUCCGCAGCCGAGGCCCCACCUUGCGCCGCUUCAGCAACCCCAUGGCCGACGAAGCUUCGACGACUGAGACGGUUGAUGCGGCGAAGAAUAAGGAAGAACAACAAAAGCCGGAGCCGGAGAAAUCGGAAGUUCCGCCGCCGCCGGAGAAGCCGGAGCCCGGGGAUUGCUGCGGCAGCGGCUGCGUCCGCUGCGUCUGGGACGUUUACUACGACGAGCUCGACGAGUACAACAAGCUAUACAAAUCUCGAUCGGUGAGGAUGGGGAGGUCGGAGUUUAUGUUCGCCGCGGCGGUGGUGUUGUUGUUGCUCGGGAACGGCGUCGUUGAGGGUUCGAAAUCGUCGUCGGCGUUUGUGCAGAACGUCAUCUACUCCAAUAAGAUUGCGAUCUUCUCCAAAUCGUAUUGCCCGUAUUGUUUGCGUGCUAAGGGUAUAUUCAGUGAAUUAAACGAGCAACCUUAUGUUGUCGAGCUUGAUCUUCGAGGUAAUCAAUGGAAUUGCGUUGUUUUGCUCGGCUUUAAGUCCAUAUUGUUGUCGAGGAUUUUGAGUGAGCUAUAUGUUGUAGAUGAUGGAGGGCAGAUUCAGAGUGUUCUUCUAGAUGUGGUUGGCCGAUCCACUGUCCCACAAGUGUUUGUGAAUGGCAAGCACAUUGGCGGUUGUGAUGAUCUCAAAGCCACUGUUGCGAGUGGUCAACUUCAGAAGAUUCUUGGUAUAAGUUGAGUCUUGAAAGUGCAUUGGAAAGCAAUAGACACGAGUAGACUAGCAUCUGAACACUUCUGGGAGCUUAAGAUUGUGAGAUGAUUGACAACCUUCUGAUGCAUUCCAAAUUUUUGAUUGCUACAGAGAUCUCAUUAAUCCGUCUUCCUUUCUAUGAUUUAGAAAUUAGAACUACUUGAUUGCUUAAAGGCUGAUUGCAUUAACCAGCAUAUCAGCAGAGUUAUGCAAGGAUCUCUAUCAUCAGAAUGUUCGUACAAUCCUCUUAAAGUUAAUGAGGGCAUCAUAAUAGUGACGCAACAGUUGAUAUCACAUAACUCUGAAAUACAUGUAUGAGGCUUGCAUCUUAGGACAUGCCUGUGCAGAAAGAUCAAUUGGCUGUAAUCUCCGGUCAGGUGAACCUCCCAGUGCAGAGACUUCAACAAGUUCUCCACCUCCCCAAUUGCGCUGGAUUCAUCACGGACAAUCAAUUUACCUCCCGGCCUGACAAUCCGAUCAAUUUCUGCCAUUACUGGAGCAAGUCUGCACCUGUUAUAAUUCAACCGUGCAGCUACAACUUGGUUAAUAUUCAUGGUAAGGUAAUCGUGCAAGAGUUUAAUCACACGAGGGUAUUGUAUUCUUCUUAGACAACAUAGAACGACAUAAGAGGAUUGCCUAUCAAUGGUACAAAAUUUCAAUCU